AUGAAACGACUUUACAAGGUGCCAUUUGAGAGAAACUCUGACAGAGUCAAGAAUCUGCGACAUGACUUUGUAGAGAGAGUAUUGGAGAUGGAUGCCCAUGUAAUUUGCCACGAAUUUAUUUAUGUGGAUGAGGUUGGCUUCAACCUCACCAAAACCAGGUGCUGUGGACGAAAUGUGAUAGGACAGAGGGCAAUUACCAAUGUCCCUGGACAGUGUGGGGGUAAUAUAACCAUGUGUGCUGCCAUCACUCAAAACGGGGUCCUCCAUCACCAUGCCACACUGGGUCCGUACAACACCGGCCAUAUACUCACUUUUCUGGAUGCAAUUCACACAAUGCUUGUCCCUGAUCCAGAUCAGGAGCCUGCUAGAUUUGUGGUUGUGUGGGACAAUGUUAGUUUUCACCGGGCUGUUCUGGUCCAAAACUGGUUUGCCACCCAUCCACAAUUUGUAGUUUUGUACCUACCUCCAUAUUCACCUUUUCUAAAUCCCAUAGAGGAAUUCUUCUCAGCCUGGUGCUGGAAAGUGUAUGAUCGCCAACCCUAUGCCCGCAUGCCACUUCUCCAGGCAAUGGAGGACGCAUGUGGGGACAUGGAGGUUGCCUCUGUCCAAGGUUGGAUACGCCAUGCUAGGAGAUACUUCCCUCGAUGUUUGGCAAGAGAAAACGUAUCUUGUGAUGUGGACGAAGUAUUGUGGCCAGACCCAGCUCGGAGAAGAGAUGAAGCUUCGCACUGGGGACUGCACCCCCCCACCCCCCCCGCCAAUUCCUGGACCGGGACCCCACACACAAUUUACUGUAUUCUACUGUAAAGAAUAUACUUUUGGUUUACGUAAAUGUUUAUAGUUUUGUUGUAUGCUAAUGUAUAUAACAGUAAUGUUUGGCCUAAUAAAUAUUUUCUGUUUCUACAUUGCAUUGGCGUUUCCGGUG